GCCUUCCGAAACUUUUACAUUUCAGAUCUGGCUGUGGCUGUGCAGAAUCGACUGGAGUUCUAUACAAAAGAGGGCAAAAUAAUCGUUGAAAGUGAUCUGUUCAGAGACGCCACGGCUUUAGCUUACGAUGAUGCACAUCAGACAAUAUUAUUUAUAAAAAAACAUACUGACAACGCCUCCAUAUGUAGUUUUGAAAUGUCGACUCAGAAACACAAAGUUUUGGUAACAGGGAAAGAUAUCGGAGGUUUCACAAUCGAUCCAAUCAGAGCAGUACUUUACUGGACCGACAUCGCUGAGAGGAGCAUAUUCUGGAUUUCAUUCAAACAGGGAUAUAAGGAGACUUAUAAUAAAAAUCUUUUGAUCAAAAUGGAGGAUGAGAUUCCCAGAGCGAUAGCCGUCGAUAUCUGUAAAGGGUAUGUCUACUGGACGAAGACAAACUCUACGAAGCCCACAAUAGAGAGAGUUCGAUUUGAUGGUACUGAGAAGGAGGUUCUAAUUGACGAAAGUAUUAACGAUUCGGUUAGCUUGGCCAUCGACCAACAGACGUUGAAAAUGUUCUGGGCUGAUAAUACACGCAACAAGAAAUAUAGAAUAUUCAGUACGGAAUUGGAUGGAAGUAAGACGGAGUUAAUAUCUGGUGAUUCUGGAACUGAUUUUAAACCAAAUGCAUUAACCGUUUCGAGAGAUUUAAUUUACCUUAUAGACGAGGGCACACACGCUGUUUGGAAACAUUAAAAAUUUCAAAUAACGGAAUCAUUGAAAAAUAUUUUACAUUUUACUGAGGCGCCCUCCGGCAUUGUUGCCAGGUAUACGACUGAAGAACAAAUUCAUGGAAAAGAGAAAUGUAAAGAUGUGAUGACUGCAUUACUAAACGAAAAAAUUAUUUGUG